AUGAAUGAGUCAGGCAUCGCCAAAGGUCUUGUCAUUCGUACGGGUGAUUAUUCCGUAAUGGGUCGUAUUAUGAACCAUGCUUCGAGUCUAUCCAAAAGUGAUACGCCAAUUACCAAAGAGAUCGUUCACUUUAUCCAUAUCAUCACUGGUAUAGCCAUCUUUAUGGGCAUUUCCUUUUUUAUCAUCGCACUCAUUCUCGGCUAUCCAUUGAUCGAAGGAAUCAUUUUUCUCGUUGGUAUUGUCAUUGCCAUUGUGCCAAAAGGUUUUCUUGCCACUGUGACGAUAUGUUUAACAUUAGCAGCAAAACGAUUGGCGAAAAAGAAUUGUUUGGUGAAAAAUUUGGAAGCUGUAGAAACUCUCGGUUCGACAUCAAUCAUCUGUGCGGAUAAAAUCGGUACAUUGACACAAAAUCGAAUGGCAGUUGCUCAUAUGUGGUUUGAUAAUCAGAUCGUGGAAGCGGAUACUAGUAAAUAUCAACAAAAUGCCACCUUUGACAAGAAUGCACCUGGUUGGUUGGCUCUGGCGCGUUGUGCUAUAUUGUGUAAUCGAGCUGAUUUCAAACAAGAUCCAGAAAAUUUAGCGCAGCCAGUGUUACAACGUCAAUGUUAUGGUGAUGAGUCCGAAGCGGCUUUACUUAAAUGUGUUGAACUAUCUACUAGCAAUGUGAUCAAAUUUCGUGAGAUCAAUCAAAAAGUGUGUGAAAUUCCAUUUAAUUCAACAAAUAAAUAUCAAGUAUCAAUUCAUGAAGUGCAUAUUGACAAUAAAAGUGAAGUCGAUUCUCAUCCUUAUUUACUGGUAAUGAAAGGAGCUCCUGAACGAAUUCUUGAAAGAUGUUCAAGUAUAUUUAUCGAUGGCACAGAUGUUGAAAUUAACGACUAUUGGCGAAAUGCAUUCAACCAAGCUUAUAUGGAAUUGGGCAGUUUGGGAGAACGAGUAUUAGGUUUUUGUGAUUUGCGUCUGUCAAGUGAUGAUCAUCCGAAAGGCUAUCAAUUCAACGAGGAGCAAGUUAAUUUUCCACUUGACAAUCUUCGUUUCCUCGGUCUCAUGUCGAUGAUCGAUCCACCAAGAGCGGCUGUUCCUGAAGCUAGAAUAGCUAAAUGUCGUUCGGCUGGAAUCAAAGUAAUCAUGGUGACCGGUGAUCAUCCAAUCACGGCUAAGACCAUUUCACGUGCUGUGGGCAUCAUUUCGCAAGACUCAGAAACAGUCGAAGAUAUCGCUGAACGUGCGGGCGUUCCUCUGAAUGAAGUCAAUCCACGUGACGCUAAGGCAUGUGUUAUUCAUGGUACUGAUCUUAAUGCUAUGUCAUCAGUUGAAAUUGACGCACUUUUGGGAAAUCAUACAGAGAUUGUCUUUGCACGAACAUCUCCUCAACAAAAAAUUACUGUUGUUGAAGGUGAGAAUGAUAUUAUCAAUAGAAACAUAUUACAAUAA